AUGGCCAAGCUUACCGUCUGGACGUCUGUGCUUUCUGCCGUGCUCUUCUCCCAGGCCGUCAUGGCACAGUCCGCUGUCUGGGGACAGUGUGGAGGCAUAGGUUGGAGUGGAGCGACCACUUGCGUGUCCGGCUCGACUUGCGUGCAGGAGAACGCCUACUACUCACAGUGCCAACCUGGUGCUGCUCCGGCACCAACGACCUCGGCAGCGCCCGCGCCCACUUCGACGAGCGUACCAAGCGGAUCGGGAAUCGGCUCAAUCCCGGCCUCGACUCUUACUCAGAUCACAAACUUCGGCACCAAUCCUAACAACGUCGGAAUGUUCGUCUACCGGCCAAAGACCGUCGCUGCUAACCCUGCCUUGAUCGUUGCAAGCCACUUUUGCACCGGUACAGCACAGGCCUACUUCAGCUCGACCAAGUUUGCCCAGCUCGCCGAGACAUACGGAUACAUCGUUCUGUUCCCAUCCUCACCCCACUCCGGAACAUGCUGGGACGUCUCUUCGACUGAGACGCUCACGCACAAUGGUGGCAGCGACUCCCUUGGCAUUGUCUCUGCAGUUCGUUACGCGAUCGCGAACUGGGGAGUGGACGCAUCCCGCGUAUUCGCAGCCGGCACGUCCUCUGGCGCCAUGAUGACGUCCGUGCUUGCCGGCGCGUAUCCAGAUGUCUUCGCUGCGGGUGUGGUCGACUCCGGUGUUGCCUACGGGUGCUUCGCGCUCCCAGGCCAACCUGAGGACAGUUGGAACUCGCAGUGCUCCACGGGCGAGCUCAUCAAGACUGGCGCGCAAUGGGCCGCGCAAGUUAAGACCGGUUUCCCUGGUUUCACCGGUGAAUACCCGAAGAUGCAAGUGUGGCACGGCACAGCCGACACCACGCUCUACCCGCAGAACUUCUUCGAGGAGAUCAAGCAAUGGACAGCCAUCUUCGAUUAUCCCGCCACGCCCAUUUCGAACGUCAGCGAGUCGUACUUGCCCGCUGGUUACUCGAACUCCACGUUUGGCCCCCGUUUCCAGGCCAUCCUCGCGCAGGGUGUCGGGCACACGGUUCCGACGUUCGAGCAGCAGUACCUCGAGUUCUUCGGUCUUGCGUAG